ACAAAGCAUUGAAUCAAAUUCCUUGAAGAAACCAUUUCGAUUUGGACGAAAUGCAACUAGCACACAUUGUAUUAGCCUAAUUUAAUAAAACUGAAUUCCCAGCUUCUCAAUCGAUCGAGCCACGUGACAGCUUGUUUUCGCCAAACAAGCACAUCACCCUUGCAAAUCACUCUUGCAAAUCAGGUAUAUGCGCUGCGUCAACCGUUUGGGGUUUAGCCUAGGGCGGCUAUUUCUUGACUUUUAGUAGCCUAUAUCAGAACAUGGCUAGGUUUGUAGUAGAGGUGUUUUUUGCCCUUGUUUUCUCCGCCACCAAUGCGGCGCAGGAGGAGGUCAUUGAUGUGAUUCUAGCCAGCCUCGCCAAAAGCGCAUCGUUCCUGGAGCAAGAGCACCGUAACAUCAACCUAGACGGAGUGGUCGGGUACAUCAUCCUGCAGGCGGAGUUGAAGGAAGCAGUGAGGACGUGGCCCCACACUGACCCUCUGAGCUGGUCUCAGCGCACCGCUACGGUAACCCUGGUCAAGAGGUUGGACCAGAGCCUGGCUAAGGCUGUCACCGAGCUGGAGAAGACUGACCCCAAAUACUACAGAGAGUUUGAGCCUCUGUUGAGCUGGACCUUCUGGUCAGUACCUCAUGAGUGGAGCUCCACAGAUCCCUCUCUGGCCUACUCCUCCGGUCGAACCAUGGAGUGUUACGAUGAGACGCAGAGCGACAAGUGUAUGACCCUGCUACUGGGAACAUGGAAGAACAACGGGACUCCUUGCAUCGUGACCAAGUCAUGUCGUGACACAAUGACGAGGUUUGGAUGUCCUAACUACUCCCUCUCUCACCAGCUGCUCUACUUCAUGCUGGGAGCCAAUAGAGGUUGUUCUGCCAUGUUGAAGGGGGACAUGCGUACGUCGCGUGCUAACCUAACAGAGAGACAGUACCAGGGGAUAUUCUGCUCCAACAUGCUGAAGGGAAACAUGGACAUCAUACAGAAUAACUUCACCGGGGAGACCCAGGACAUCUUCAUCGAAAACAUACUGCUGUGUGGAUUGGCUGGUUUCUCUGACUUUCUCAAAGUUGAUUGGCUGCAGCACAUUCUGAGGCUGCAGGAUCAGGAAGUGGGAUGUUUUACACAGCCCCACAGAAGAGUGAAGAGGAGAGAGAGAAUGUUGAAGGAUGGUUGUUCCAGUCACAUAACAGGCGUGUCAGUGAGCGCUCUGGGAGGAUACCUCAACUACUACCUGACAGAGCAGGACAUCACCAAGAGACCACUCACCUGAAUGUCAACCACCCUUCACCUGGCUGUGUGACCCUUCACCUGGAUGUGUGACCCUUCACCUGGAUGUGUGACCCUUCACCUGGAUGUGUGACCCUUCACCUGGAUGUGUGACCCUUCACCUGAAUGUGUGACCCUUCACCUGAAUGUGUGACCCUUCACCUAAAUGUGUGACCCUUCACCUGGAUGUGUGACCCUUCACCUGAAUGUGUGACCCUUCAUCCGGAUGUGUGACCCUUCCCCUGGAUGUGUGACCCUUCACCUGAAUGUGUGACCCUUCACCUGGAUGUGUGACCCUUCACCUGGAUGUGUGACCCUUCACCUGGAUGUGUGACCCUUCACCUGAAUGUCAAAUACCCUUCACCUGGAUGUGUGACCCUUCACCUGGAUGUGUGACCCUUCACCUGGAUGUGUGACCCUUCACCUGGAUGUGUGACCCUUUACCUGGACAUGUGUCCUAAAUAGCACCCAAUUCUUUACUUAUACCACUACCUCUGACCAGGCAAACCCAUCGGGCUCUGGUGAAAAGUAGUGCACUAUGUAGGGCAGUGUGUAUCCAUCCUCUCUUGGGGACACCCAGUCGUUCUAUGGGUUUCAUCUAUUCCACAGCACCAGGGGUGGAAACCACUUAACUAAAACACUCUAAAGUCAUUUUACUUCAGUCGUUUUUGGAGGAAUCUGUACUUUACUAUUUAUAUUUUAUGACAACUUUGACUUUUAUUUCACUACGUUCCUAAAGAAAAUAAAUGCACUUUUUCCUCACAACAUUUUCCCCGACACUCAAAAGUACUCGCUACAUUUUGAAUGCUUUAGCAGGAGAGGAAAAUGGUCAAAUUCACGCACUUAUCAAUAUAACAUCCCCUGGUCAUCUCUACUGCCUCUGAUCUGGCAGACUCACUAAACAGAGAACAUCCCCUGGUCAUCUCUACUGCCUCUGAUCUGGCAGACUCACUAAACAGAGAACAUCCCUGGUCAUCUCUACUGCCUCUGAUCUGGCAGACUCACUAAACAGAGAACAUCCCCUGGUCAUCUCUACUGCCUCUGAUCUGGCAGACUCACUAAACACACUUAUCAAUAUAACAUCCCCUGGUCAUCCCUACUGCCUCUGAUCUGGCAGACUCACUAAACAGAGAACAUCCCCUGGUCAUCCCUACUGCCUCUGAUCUGGCAGACUCACUAAACACACUUAUCAAAAUAACAUCCCCUGGUCAUCUCUACUGCCUCUGAUCUGGCAGACUCACUAAACAGAGAACAUCCCUGGUCAUCUCUACUGCCUCUGAUCUGGCAGACUCACUAAACAGAGAACAUCCCCUGGUCAUCUCUACUGCCUCUGAUCUGGCAGACUCACUAAACAGAGAACAUCCCCUGGUCAUCUCUACUGCCUCUGAUCUGGCAGACUCACUAAACAGAGAACAUCCCUGGUCAUCUCUACUGCCUCUGAUCUGGCAGACUCACUAAACAGAGAACAUCCCUGGUCAUCUCUACUGCCUCUGAUCUGGCAGACUCACUAAACAGAGAACAUCCCUGGUCAUCUCUACUGCCUCUGAUCUGGCAGACUCACUAAACAGAGAACAUCCCCUGGUCAUCUCUACUGCCUCUGAUCUGGCAGACUCACUAAACAGAGAACAUCCCCUGGUCAUCUCUACUGCCUCUGAUCUGGCAGACUCACUAAACAGAGAACAUCCCUGGUCAUCUCUACUGCCUCUGAUCUGGCAGACUCACUAAACACAAAUGCUUUGUUUUUAAAUUAUGUCUGAGCGUUGGAGACCCUGGCUGUCCGUAAAUAAAUAACAAACAGAAAAUG